AUGCACAGUUCUGCUUUCAGCCAUACUGAACCUAUGACUCUAGGUUCUCCUCCAGUAAACUCGAUUGGGACAGGGUCAAGUACUUCACCAGGCACUUGCCAAUAUCUUCCAGGAUUCUUAAUGAGUGAAAAUCCACAGGUCUUAGAGACGGUGUCGACAAGCUCAGAAUCUAAAGUUUCACGCCAAAAUGCAUUUUCACUUACUGGGAAUUCGCACAAUAUACCAGCUUCACAGUAUAACAACAAACUGCAACCACGCUAUUUAAGUCAAGCUCAUGAUUCAAUUGGACGUCGUUUAACAUCACCUCCUACACGAAGUAUGUGGUCAACCGUUGGUGGUGCUGGUGUCCGUUCAAAGCCCAGCGCAGACAAUUUCGGUGGAAUAAAACACAGUACACCAAAUUAUACUCUUGGUUCAUCGACGAAUCCUCCUGUAAAACAAAUAGGUGUUAGUCCUUUCCAGUCGCCGGGUGAUUCUAGUUAUCAUCGAACACCUUUGCAUAAUGUUGUAAAUAAUCGCCCACCUUUAGUUGGGUCACCACUCCAUAAUAACAGUAUUCUUGCAAAUAUAAACGAUGGGAAUAAGAAGCAAGAUGUUAUUAGUACACCUGAUCGUUUAGCGGAGGCUUUGCUUUCACAUCGAAGUUCCAACGACUUUGAUAAUGCGAAUCCACAUGAUUGUUGGGUAACUGUUUUCGGGUUCCCUCCAUCACGAGCUGCAUUUAUUCUUAACCAGUUCGCUCAACUGGGUACAAUAGAAAAACAUGUGAUUACAAACAGUGGUAAUUGGAUGCAUAUUAAAUAUCAAAAUAAAAUGCAAGCUCAUUGUGCUUUAAAUAAAAAUGGUAAAGUAUUCGGGGAUAAUACCAUGGUCGGUGUAUCAGUCUGUAAUGAUUCGGAAGUUAUGAAUGAUGAAAAGUGUGGCCUGUUUUCAAAGCAAACAAACCCAUGUAGCAUGAAUGAUUCCUUAUUCCUUAGUCCAUCAAAUGUUCAUCAUAAUCCAAUGAAUAUGAAACGUACUACUGAUGAAAACUGUAAAACAACAACCGGUGCAAUGAAUAAAACACCAUUACGCGACUUAAGCGGACUAAGGUCGUUGAAUGGUGUCGGCGGCGUUGGUAAUGGUGCAACUAACUCUGGCAUUGAUUCUGCUAAUAUUUUUGCAGACAAAUCAGCAAAUAAUAUUGGAAGACAUAAUUCUAUGCGAUCAUUAGCUGCAUCGACACGACCAACAAAUUUAUCACGAACUACUAGUGUUCGACAGGAUAGAGAUUCAGGAUUAUUUUCUAAAGCAUUAGGUUAUAUGUUUGGCUGGUCAUAG